GCGGAAAUCGGGUACCGCAUGUAACUAAUGGCCUUUUACAAGCCGAUAAGGGCAAGAAAUAGCUUUAGUUUUAAAUAUGUAAAGUAUUUAAAAAUACAAAAGCUUCGAUUACUCAAACUUAAUAUCUUCAGUUCAAUUUGAACUGUCAACGGCUGCAUAACGGAAAAAAUAUGAGACUGCAUGUUUUAAUAACAAUUUUGGUGCUAGGCUUGUGUCACGCCGAAGUUGCUCUCAACGAAGAGGAUUAUGGCCGUACAUGGAUGUGGAUGCCAGAUGGCGAUGGCAAAGCACAUAUUGUCUAUUUAACGGAACCACCCGAGGAUAGUCAGCAAGACGAUGUGCCUGAUUUUGUGCAUGUGGAGCUUUUUGAUAGAGCAAAUACCGCUAAUCCAACAACAAUACAAAUAUCCGUUGCCAAUUAUACUGCCAGUGAAGGUAGGCAUAGUAGACAGAAACGCGAUACUUGGGAAGACAUGGCCGGUAAAUUUAAUGCAGAUUUGGAUACGAAAAUUUUGGUACACGGUUGGAAGUCGAGUACGACCAGUGACUCAAUACAAUCGAUACGUGGUGCAUACACUAUGCGUGGGAAUUUGAAUAUUUUCGCAAUCAAUUGGCGCGAUCAAGCGGAUAAUAUUUAUUAUCUGAAACCCGCACGUUACACCGUGCAAGUGGGCCGCGCUGUCGCUAAGCUAAUUGAUCUGCUCGUUGAGGAAAAGGAUGCUGACCCCAAGCGUAUACAUCUAAUAGGUCAUAGCUUGGGUGCGCAUAUAAUGGGUUAUGCUGGGUCUUAUACCAAAUAUCGCGUUAGCAGAAUCACAGGUCUCGAUCCUGCCAGACCGGCCUUUGAAAACUGCAGUGGACCGGAACAUCAUUUAGAUCCCUCAGAUGCAGAUUUUGUUGAUGUUAUACAUAGUUGUGGCGGCGUUUUGGGUUUUCGUGAACCAAUCGGCUUUGUAGAUUUUUAUCCGAAUGGCGGCGGCGCGCCGCAACCGGGCUGCACAGCGAUUUUACAAAUCUUUACCGGCUGCAGUCACGGUCGUUCCUAUGAGUACUUUGCAGAAUCCAUAUAUAGUGAAAAGGGUUUCUAUGCUGCGCCUUGUUCUUCGUUGAAAGAGUUAGUCGGUCGUAAUUGUACGGGAACUAAGAUAUUAAUGGGUGAUCCUGUGCCGCUAAGUGCGCGUGGCAUAUACUAUUUGAAGACUGGAAGUAAGCCAGGUUUCGCUUUGGGUUUGGACUAGCGACAAUAUUUAAUUACCUUUUAUGAAAACGGUGUUCAUGUAUGGGGUGGAAAUAUUUAUAUCGAUAUGUUUAUAAAUAUAUGCUUAACUAUGAGUAAAUAAACCAAAAGGAAAUGUCAACUACCUUACAAAGAGAGAUAUUGACAUUAAA